GCCCGCGGCCGGGGCCGAGCGGGGCGACGCGCCAUGGCGGCCGACGCGAAGGGGCGCGGCUGGGCGGCCGCCGUCCUGCUCCUGCUGGUGCUCUGGCUGCAGCCGCCGCCCGGCCGGCCCCGCAGCCUGCGCUUCGUGACGCUGGUGUACCGGCACGGAGACCGCUCGCCCGUCAAGGCGUACCCGCGGGACCCCUACCAGGCCAGCGCCUGGCCGCAGGGCUUCGGGCAGCUCACGCAGAUGGGGAUGCGGCAGCAGUUGGCGCUGGGCCGGUUUCUGCGGCGGCGGUACAGCGGCUUCCUCAGCGACAUGUACCUGCGGUGGGAGAUCUAUGUCCGCAGCACAGACUGGGACCGGACGCUGAUGAGCGCAGAGGCCAACCUGGCUGGCCUCUACCCCCCCAAGGGACCACAGGUGUUCAACCCCAACAUCUCCUGGCAGCCCAUCCCUGUGCACACAGUGGCUCAGGACGAGGAAAGGCUGCUGAAGUAUCCUUUGACCCCCUGUCCUCGGUAUGAACAGCUACAGAAUGAAACACGGCACUCGGCAGAAUACAUAAAUAUGACCAAGGAGAAUUGGCAAUUCCUGCAGAUGGUGGCAAAUGAGACCGGGAUCCAGCAUGUCUCUCUCGAGUCUGUCUGGAGCGUGUAUGACACACUGUUCUGUGAGCAAGUACACCAAAUGGAUUUGCCUGCAUGGGCGACACCAGAAGUCAUGAGCCACUUGAGGCAACUCAGAGACUUUGGGUUUGACUAUCUGUUUGGGAUCAUCCACCGGGUAGAAAAAUCUCGUCUGCAAGGCGGGGUCCUGCUGGGCCACAUCAGGAAAAACCUAACCCAAGCAGCAAGUGAGCCUAUCCACCACAACCUGAGAGUGCUCGCCUAUUCAGCACAUGACACCACAAUUGCAGCUCUGCAGAUGGCUCUAAACGUCUUCAACAACGUCCAACCACCUUACGCCUCCUGUCACUUUUUUGAGCUGUACCAAGAGGAUGAUGGUAACUUCUCUGUGGAGAUGUUUUACCGGAACGAGAGUGGGAAGGAACCUUUCCCACUGACAAUCCCUGGCUGUCAGCAUAAAUGCCCACUGCAGAGGUUCAUGGACCUCACAGCUGCUGUUAUUCCCUGGAACUGGGAGCAGGAAUGCCAGGUAGCAAGUACUCUGCACGACACAGAACUGUUUGUGGGUCUGGCUGUGUGUGGAUCUAUUCUCCUUCUCCUUAUAAUCCUCCUCUUGACUGUACUGUUUCGCAUACAGUCUCAGCCCUCCGGCUACAGGCACGUUUCCAAUGAGGGAGAAGAGCAGGCCUGACAGAUGCUUCAACUCCUUCCCAGGCUGUAGGAGGGAGCAGUUUUGCCCCUAAAGAUGAUUGGGCACCUUCAGGUUACUGAGCAUUCUUCUGCUUUGGCCAUUGCUUCCCAGAAUGAAGCUGGAGUUGAUUUUUGGAUGCUUUCUAAAGGUGAUGUCUCAGAGAGAGAGAGGACUGAGCUACUCCAAUGGAAGUGACAUCUCAGUUCUGAAGGCAGCAACUGCGUGGUGCCCCCAGUCCUCAUACAGCUUACCUAGUCUGGGAUUCCCACUGUGGCCAGUUGGAGCUGCUCAAGAGCUCUUCUCAAGUGACUGUAAAUGUUACCACUCACCAUGACUGUUGGCAGAGGGGCUCUGGUCUCCAGCAGCUGCUCAGGAGCUGUGUCUCUCUUCAGGGUCAACCUGCUUUGAAUGCUUUUUCCUCAAGCCACCAGGCUGAUGACAGUGGGGAGGCUGGGCUUGGAGCAGAGGGCAUAGCUCACCACCAACACACCAAGAGUCAUCUGCUGUCCAGGCAGAGGGAACUGCUGCAGACACUGAAAAGCGUUGCUUGAGUUUGCUGCUGGCAACUGGUCUGUUGGGGUUUUUUUUUUCCCCUCCUCCCUCUGUGAAUCAAGAGUUCUGACCUGGAACCAGGACAUGAUCGACCACCUGGCAGUAGUUUUUAGGAUUCAGCUCAGAGUAGUUUACAUGUGACCUAAAGAAGCUCUAAGAGUUUCAUCAGAGAUAAGUCCUGUGACCACAGCAAACCCACACCCAUUUUAUGUCUCCAUAGGUAAGAGACUCGGGCUCUGCUUGAAACAGUCAGCCUUAGAAUUGGACUUGCCCACCUCUGAACUCCAAGUACCUAUCACAGGGAGUAUCCAGUACUGCAAGCAGUCCACAUUUCAGCUGCUUUACUGGCAAAAUGGUUUUAUGCUGUCAUUAAAGAGAUGUAGCAGACCUGUUUUUAUACCUAAGAUUGAAGGCCAAGCUCUGUAGUUGUUCCUCCCAGAUAUCUGGACACACAAACAAACCAACCUCAUUAAGAAUCAGAGUUUACAGGUGACUGAGGAUCCCUCUCCUCGUUUUGGUUCUCUGCAGCUGCCACAGGGACCUCCACACCAAGUGCUCACCACCUGCCUCGUAAGCUUUUGGCAGAGUGGAGCAGGCACCAGCAGCACAGGCUCCUCACAUGGUGAUGCUGCACAUUCACUUCCCAUUUUUACUUCUCUUUCUGGUGCAGUUCCCUUCCCCUCGUGGCGGCAGACACCGGUUCUUGGCUUACAGACAUCUCCUUUUCUUCCCCUACAGAGCACCGUGGGGGCUUUUCCCUGUGCCCUCACGGGCUCCUGCUGGCAUGGGAACUCUCAAUCAGCAGAAGCAGCUUGCUAUUCUCAGCAUCUUCCUCACCUUUUCUUCCUCUGAAGAUACAAUCUAGGUCCCCCAAACAGCAAGACAGUCAUAAAGGAAAACCUCCUGCCUGUGAGAACAGGCCCAAGGAAGGGGUAACAGAAAGGACAACCACGAGGGCUGGACCUGUUCUUUUCCAAGGCAGCAAAUUUUGCACACACAGAGGAAAGGUUUCCACGAUGAUUUCGACACUCUGACUGUGAAUGACUUUCUGUAAUUGUUCUAAUACAUUUCCUUUUCAUUAUUAAAAUCAAAUUGGCACUGAA